AAGGACGUGCGCCACGGGCUAAAGAGGUGGGCAGGCGGAUGGUUUUGCGCCCGCCUUUCCCUCCAGCAACGGAGCUGUGAUAGGUUAAGGAGCUGCCACCGGCUUUUUCCAGAAGUCCAGAUAACUUGAAGCUGGUGAGUGAGGUCGAUAAAUCGGUACGUUGGAAUUAUGGCAGCGUGUAAUUAGCGCAGCUAGCCGUCCUGGGAGAACAGCCGGAAUUGAAUAGCGCCCGGGAAGGGAGUGGACGGAAGGCUCUGCUUGGGCUGCAGAUGGUGCGAUUGGUGAUUGGAUCGGCCCCGGUUGCGCUGCCAUCCCCUGAUCUGGGCAAGAAGGAACUAUUGUGAAGCGCAAGAUCGCCUCCGCGCGGCUAUAUAAAACCUGGUGCAAAUGUGCAUUUCAGAGCCUUCGAUAACAUCUUACUCAACUUCUGUUACAAAGUGAAUUGAUUACUGUAUGUGGAAAGAAAUGUGGCACACUUCGGGGCCAACUUUCCCACUCUAAAGUAACCAAGUGAAAGGAUGUGCAAGAUAACAAUGGCUUUGUCGGCUUUGCUAAGUCUGAGCUUGAUCUUAGAAUUAGGCAGCUGCCAUGUACGACGGAGUGCCAUUGGGAGUAUUUUUAGAAGAAUAAAAUAUGCUUCGCCAUCACAAGGAGACCCUGGACAACCGCUGUUUCUAACACCUUACAUUGAAAGUGGUAAAACUGAGGAAGGAAGGCAACUAAGUAUGGUGGGGCUUCUCCCAGGACCCAGUGUGAAGAGCUAUUCAGGCUAUCUAACAGUCAACAAGACUCACAAUAGCAACCUUUUCUUCUGGUUCUUCCCUGCUCAGGUUCAGCCAGAAAAGGCCCCUGUCUUACUUUGGCUCCAAGGUGGACCUGGAGGAACAUCCAUGUUUGGCCUUUUUGUUGAACAUGGACCAUAUAUUGUUCAGAAGAACCUCACUUUGACUAAACGAAUGUUUCCUUGGACCUCCAAGUUCUCCAUGCUGUACAUUGACAAUCCAGUUGGAACUGGUUUCAGUUUUACAGGUGAUGGGAAAGGAUAUGCAAAGAACGAAGAAGAUGUAGGAAGAGAUUUGUAUAGUGCAAUUGUUCAGUUUUUCCAGCUUUUUCCUGAUUAUCAGAAAAAUGACUUCUAUGCAACAGGGGAAUCUUAUGCAGGAAAAUAUGUGCCGGCCAUUGGAUAUUAUAUUCAUAGCAAUAAUCCUACAGCAAAGAUAAAGAUCAAUUUCAAGGGUGUUGCCAUUGGAGACGGUCUUUGUGACCCUGAAGUGAUGCUGGGAGGCUAUGCAGAAUUCUUAUAUCAAAUUGGCUUGGUGGAUGAGAAGCAGAGGGUAUAUGUCCAGAAUCAGACUAAUCUGGGACAACAAUACAUCCAGCAGAAGAAAUGGAAAGAAGCCUUUGAAGUAUUUGAUACUCUGUUGAAUGGUGAUAAAACUGGAAGCCCCCCUUAUAUUCAGACUAUUACAGGAUGUAGCAACUAUUACAACUUCUUGCAGUGCCAAGAGCCUGCAGAUCAGGAAUAUUUUGGAAACCUGUUGUCAUUGCCAAACAUAAGGAAAUCUAUUCAUGUUGGAAACUUGACUUUCCAUGAUGGCUCUAUAGUUGAGGAACACUUGAUUGAAGAUAUAAUGAAGACAAUAAAACCUUGGUUGGCUAUUUUAAUGGAUCAUUACAGGGUUCUCUUAUAUAGUGGGCAACUUGAUAUCAUUGUGGCAGCUCCACUGACUGAACGAUUUCUGCCUACUGUGCCAUGGGCCAAGAUGAAAGAAUACAAAAAUGCUGAGAGAAUUGUAUGGCGAAUAUAUGAUAAAGAUCCUGAAGUUGCAGGCUAUGUACGCCAAGUGGAUGAAUUCUAUCAGGUCAUUGUUCGAGGAGGAGGACACAUCUUGCCUUAUGACCAACCUGAAAGAGCCUUGGAUAUGAUGGAUAGAUUUAUCACAGGAAAAGGAUGGAAGCGAAGUGGAUAUGGAAAAUAAAACUUGAAUGUUGAAAUCCUUUGGAAAGUCUCCUCAAGAGAUUGCAUUGACCAAUACACAUCAGAGGAACUGAUGUUUAGAAGUAUUUUGAGGUGUUUUUUUUUCCCCUUUGAAAAAUCUGUUUUGAUCUGUAAAUAAGCCAUUCACCCAACUUGAUUUUCUUCUCAAAAUAAAUGUCACACCUCUCUCUCUCCCUCCCUCCCUCGGCCUGAUCAGCAGAAUCCAAACUAGAUGAUCCUUAAUGGCCAUUUCCAACAUUUCCAUUCUAUUUUGUGAAAUGGUGUGCAUGAGAACCAGCAGCAUCCACGAAGGGAGGGUCAAAGUGAUGCAAGCAGUGUUGUGACGCAAGCCCUACCCUUUUUCUACAUGUAUUAUAUCGCAUGCAAGCUCCAAGGAAUGCCUUGUGGCACAUGGGAAUCAUGGAUUUUAACAGCAAUUGCCUUUUUUUUUUUUUGGCUUAUCUCUAGAUACUACAGUACAAAUCAAAGUGAGCUGUGGAUUUUUUGGUGGUUGUAUUUUGCUUCAAAUGUGAGUCCUUUAUCUCCAUGUGAAUCUUAGUUGAGGGAAUGAUGGAGAAGUGUAAAAAAAUAAAUAUUUUUUCUAUUCUGCCUAGGGGACAUGCAACAGAACCUGUAGAAUAAAUUUCCAGUACAAGCUGGGUUCAGAUAAGAAAUACUGCUUUCACGCUGAGAUUGUUAAGCAGUUAUUUUAUUUAAGCAUUUAGUGCAACUGUAAAGUUAAAAGCAUAUAAGCACAUAAUAUGAUUUUUAAUUGAAUGUUUUUAUGAAAGCGGGGGCAAUAGAAUAAGAAAAAACUUUAAAAAACAUUUAUCAGCAAGUGAGUUGCACCAAACCCAAUGGAUUUUUCUUCCAAUUAAGAAUGACUGAAUUACUAAAGUAUAAUCUUAUGUAAACUUAUUGGAAAGUAUUUGUUACUGAACUAUAUAAGACCUACUUCUAUAUGAACAAGGAUAGGAUUGUGUUGCACGUGUUUCUCCCUGAACUAAGUGAAAGAUGGUAGACUAGAACUAGAGAGAUCCAAGAUCAAAUCCACCUUCAGAAGUGGCUAGACAUUGCUCUGUCACCACCUCUCAGCACAACCUAUACCACAAGCUGCUUGUAGCAGAAAUUGGGGGAAAAGCUUUACAUACAUUGUUUUGAACUCAUGGAGGGAAGGUUGGAUAUAAAUCUAGCAAAUAAAUGAAAGAUAAUAAAUAUAUGAUCAGAUGUCUACCUUCGUGUUUGUUUACAUACCUUCCAGCAAAUUAGUUUUGCAAUUUCAUCUUACCAUUUAAAACUUGAAUGCUACAAUAAAUAUGAACAACUUUAGUAGGCUAUAUCCUUGACUAAAUUGGACAGGCAUAGUCUUUACACUGAUCACUAGCAAUUCACAUUUCAGAUUUAAUUAAGUCAGCUAGGAGAUUGACUCAGCCCUCAUAAUCCAGGCUGUUUUUCUGCAUGAACCUUUUUUUCCUUAACAGAAUUCUUUGAUGGGGAAAGAGAAAAAGAAGAUAAAAGAAUU